AUGCCGCCAAAGCGAAAGCAAGAAGGACCAAUUCCAGCCUCAACUGCCACUAAAGCCACAGUCAAGGCAACGCCUCGUGUGAAUCCCGCUCGCCCAGUGAAACCCGCAGCCUCCGAAAACACCUUAGCGAUCGAGGCGGUCGAGCAAAAGCAGGAAAAGAAAGCUCAGCCUUCAGGCGAUGGCUUCAAUAACACCCUAUCUCCAUUCUACUAUCAAAAGAACGUAGAAGCUCCUAUAGACACUGCACAAGACAAAUGGAAUCUGUUACCGGCCUUUCUCAAGAACAAGGGUUUAGUCAAGCAGCACAUCGACUCGUUCAACCACUUCGUUAAUGUUGAGCUCAAGAAGAUUAUCAAGGCCGAGCCUAUUAUUACCUCUGACAUUGAUCCAAAUUUCUACCUGAAGUAUCUUGAUAUUUAUGUUGGAAGAGCCCAGCGACAUGACGAGAACAUAUUUGGGGAUACCAAGAGAGAGUCGACAAUCACACCGAACGAAUGUCGCCUAAGUGACCUUACCUAUUCUGCACCAGUUUUUGUUGACGUCCAGUAUACGAAAGGCAGGUCUGUAUACAGAAGAAAGGCGUUAUGCAUUGGCCGAAUGCCUGUCAUGCUGCGCAGUGACCGAUGCGUCUUAGCUAGCAAAAGCGAAGCUGACAUGUUCCGCAUGGGCGAAUGUCCCCUUGACCCCGGUGGAUAUUUCAUCGUCAAUGGUACUGAGAAAGUCAUUCUUGUACAGGAACAGUUAAGCAAGAACAGAAUCAUUGUUGAGCCGGACGCCAAGAAAGAAAGCAUUGUUGCAUCCGUGACUAGCUCUACUCAUGCCAGGAAAUCAAAGUCCUAUAUCGCCCUCAAGAAGGACUUGUUGUAUGCACGGCACAACAUCCUCAAUGAGGACAUCCCUGUUUGUGUUCUAUUGAGAGCCAUGGGCGUGACCUCUGACCUCGAUAUGCUAUCUAUUGUCGCAGGUACUAAUACACAGCUUCAGGAUGAUUUUGCUGUCAAUUUUGAGGAGACUAUCAAGCUUAAUAUCUACACUCAGCAACAAGCACUGGAGUAUAUCGGCCAGAGAAUACCUAUCAGCAAAAAAGGUGGUGCUUUCGGUCAGCAACGCAGGAAUUACGUCCAAGAAGCACUGGAAGCUGUUUCUAAUGUCUUCAUUGCACACGUUCCUAUUGAGAACCUCAACUUCAGACCUAAAGCACUCUAUGUUGCACACAUGGCAAGGAGAGUUCUGAUGGCCAAGAACAAUCCUAAACUUGUUGAUGACCGUGACUACGUUGGCAACAAGCGACUCGAAUUGGCUGGUCAGCUGCUCUCCCUUCUCUUCGAAGAUCUCUUCAAAACAUACAACUCGCAAAUCAGAGUCAACAUGGAUAAGCUUCUACGAAGACCGAACAAGACUGAGAUGGCCGACCCUUGUCCUAUCAUGGCUACUCAUGCUAGUCAUAUUACUUCAGGUAUGAAUCGUGCAAUUGCCACUGGAAAUUGGCAUCUCAAGCGAUUUCGCAUGGAACGAGCUGGAGUCACACAUUUACUGAGCAGAUUAAGUUUUAUCGCCUCCCUCGGCAUGAUGACCAGAAUACAAUCACAAUUCGAGAAGACAAGAAAAGUCUCUGGUCCUCGUGCUCUUCAGGCUUCGCAGUUUGGUAUGUUAUGUCCGGCCGACACACCUGAAGGAGAAGCCUGUGGUCUCGUCAAGAACCUCGCUCUCAUGACACAUAUUACGACUGAGGACGAAGAAGGACCUAUUAAGCAGCUUAUAUUCAUGCUCGGAGCAGAAGAUAUCACAACCGUCGGAGGCAGUGAGCUUUAUGCUCAAGGGUCGUAUAUGAUCAUGCUGAACGGUACCCCGAUAGCGUGUACUCGACAUCCUUCGCAUUUUCUGGUGUCGUUUCGCAGACUUCGAAGAUCUGGCCGAGUCUCGGAGUUCGUGUCGGUGUUCAUCAACCAUCAUCAUAGCACUAUUAAUGUUGCCACAGAUGAAGGACGAAUCUGUCGACCACUAAUCAUAGUGGAAGAGAAGAAAUCAAAAGUCACAAAGAGGUAUCUCAAGAGCUUGCGUCAGGGCAGCAUGGACUUUGACGACUUUUUAGCCAGAGGACUCGUUGAGUAUCUGGAUGUGAAUGAGGAAAAUGACAGUAAUAUUGCCAUGUACGAAUCCAACAUUUCACAAAUCAGUACACACCUCGAAAUCGAGCCUUUCACAAUUUUAGGUGCAGUGGCUGGUCUAAUACCAUACCCUCAUCAUAAUCAAUCACCACGAAACACCUAUCAAUGUGCUAUGGGUAAACAGGCAAUUGGAUUCAUAGCAUCAAAUCAAUUCCUCCGUAUCGACACGCUCCUUUAUCUGAUGGUCUAUCCUCAAAAGCCACUCGUCAAGACACGCACGAUUGAGCUCACGGGCUAUGACAAACUUCCAGCAGGUCAGAACGCCAUUGUUGCGGUCAUGUCAUACUCAGGCUACGAUAUUGAGGACGCAUUGGUACUCAACAAGGGUAGUGUAGACCGAGGCUUUGGUCGUUGUCAAGUGCUUCGCAAGUAUCCUGUCCAACUCAAGCAGUACGCUAAUGGCAGCAAAGACAUAAUCAAACCACCAGAUCUCGAAAAUGGAGCACCUAUCAAGAAGCAUGCUCUUCUCGACGUAGACGGCAUUGCGAAUGUUGGAGAAAAGGUCAACCAAGGCGAAAUCAUCUUGAACAAAUUCGUACCCGAUAAUGCUAACUCCUCUGGCCUCUCAGAGACAAACUCACAAACCAACGGAACUGGUCCUGCAUCUGGUGGCAUCUCUUCCACGGGCAACGGCUUCCUCCCUCAACCACAGACUUACCGUCUCCCAGACCCCAGCAUAAUAGACAAAGUCAUGUUUCACUCCAAUCCACAAACCGGCACCACACUUCUCAAAGUCCAAACCCGCCAGACUCGCCGCCCCGAAGUCGGAGACAAAUUCUCAUCCCGUCACGGUCAAAAGGGCGUCGUAGGCAUCAUCGUCGACCAAGUCGACAUGCCCUUCAGCGACACCGGCAUCGUCCCCGACAUCAUCAUGAAUCCGCACGGUUUCCCCUCCCGCAUGACAGUAGGCAAAAUGCUCGAACUCGUCUCCGGUAAAUCAGGAAUCAUAUCAGGAAACUUCGAAUACGGCACCGCCUUCGGCGGCUCCAAACUCGCAGAUAUGUCCCAAGUCCUCAUCAACGCCGGCUACAGCUACGACGGCAAAGACUACCUGACCUCAGGCAUCACAGGCGAACCUCUCCCAGCAUACGUCUUCAAAGGUCCCAUCUACUACCAAAAACUCAAACACAUGGUCCAAGAUAAAAUGCACAGCCGCUCCCGCGGACCCCGCGCCAUCCUCACCCGCCAACCCACCGAAGGUCGCUCUCGAGACGGCGGUCUCCGCCUCGGUGAAAUGGAACGAGACUGCCUCAUCGCCUACGGCGCCUCCCAGCUUCUCCGCGAACGUCUCAUGCUCAGCUCUGACAAGCAUGAAGUCGAAGUCUGCAUGCGCUGUGGCAUGAUGUGCUAUGAUCGGUGGUGUCAGAGGUGUGAGAAGAGUGGUGAGGAGGAGUGUGGGAGGGUCGUGAAGAUGACGCUCCCUUAUGCAUUUCGGUUGUUGCAGGCGGAGUUGGUGAGUAUGAAUGUUGAUACGAGGAUUUUGGUUGGGGAUGAGUUUCCUGCUGAUGGGGGAAGGAGGCAGUGA